GCACCUCCCGCCCGGAGCGCGGAGCCGCCCGCGGCGGAGCGGGAGCGGGGCCGGAGCGGGACGUGCCCAGCGCGGAGCCCGGACCGAGCCCGCCGGACCCGGCAGCCGAUACUGGGAUGACUGGAAUUCAAGAUAUUUGAUUCCCGCUCUUACCCUGAGGUAGAGGAAAUAAGCACGAGAAAUUUCUACAGCUCAGUAGGGAAAGGAUCUUUCAUACUGAACUCUGCUCUGAAAAACGAGAAAGCCUCUCCUCUGUGGAAUUGAAAUAAAUAUUUGACAGUUGCCUUGAAUAAAAAUUAAGCAAAAAUGUCUAUCAUAGAUCCUUACCAGCACAUUGUGGUGGAGCACCAGUACUCACACAUAUUCACUGUGACAGUAAGGAAAGCCACAAAUGUCACCAAGGGAGCCAUUGGUGACAUGCUUGACACUCCAGACCCCUACGUGGAGCUGUUCAUCCCGACCGCCCCCGACUGCAGGAAGAGAACGAAGCAUUUCAACAACGACGUGAACCCCGUGUGGAACGAGACCUUUGAGUUCAUCCUGGACCCCAACCUGGAGAAUGUCCUGGAGGUUACUCUGAUGGAUGCCAACUACGUUAUGGACGAGACUCUUGGCACAUCCACAUUUCCCAUCUCUUCUCUGAAACUGGGAGAAAAGAAGGAGGUCCAGUUGACUUUCAAUGAUGUCACAGAAAUGACUUUGGAAUUGUCUCUUGAAGUAUGCUCUUCCACAGAUCUCCGGUUCAGCAUGGCCCUGUGCGAUGAGGAGAAGAAAUUUCGGCAGCAGAGGAGAGAUAACAUCAUGCACAGCAUCAAAUCAUUCCUAGGAGAGGAAAACAGCAAGAACUUGACCACUGCCCGUGAUGUCCCAGUCAUAGCGGUCCUGGGCUCGGGAGGUGGAUUUCGUGCCAUGGUGGGGUUUGCUGGAGUCAUGAAAGCACUUUAUGAAUCCGGAGUUUUGGACUGUGCCACUUAUAUUGCUGGGCUCUCUGGAUCCACCUGGGUGGAGAAUUCCUUUCCUGGCAGGAGAGGCAGGUACAUGUCAACUUUGUAUUCACACCCAGACUUUCCAUCAAAGGGCCCAAAAGAGAUCAAUGAAGAGCUGAUGAACUCUGUGAGCCACAACCCCCUCCUGCUGCUCACUCCUCAGAAAGUCAAACGCUACAUCGAAGCCCUGUGGAAUAAGAAGAGUUCAGGGCAGCCUGUCACCUUCACAGAUAUCUUUGGAAUGCUGAUAGGGGAAACACUUAUCCAUGAUAGAAUGGACACCACUUUGAGCAGCAUGAAAGAGAAAACCAAUAAUGCCCAGUGUGCUCUGCCACUCUUUACGUGUCUCCAUGUGAAACCAGACGUGUCAGAGCUGAUGUUUGCAGACUGGGUGGAAUUCAGUCCCUAUGAGAUUGGUAUGGCCAAAUAUGGCACUUUUAUGUCUCCUGAUUUGUUUGGCAGCAAGUUUUUCAUGGGGACAGUGGUGAAGAAGUACAAUGAAAAUCCCUUGCAUUUCCUCAUGGGUGUUUGGGGCAGUGCAUUUUCCAUAUUAUUUAACAGAGUGCUUGGUGUCUCCAACUCUCAGAAUAAAGGUCCCACCAUGGAAGAAGAAUUAGAAAAUAUCAGGCUCAAGCACCUCGUGAGCAAUGACAGCUCAGACAGUGAAGAUGAAUCACAGCAUCCAAAAGGCACCGGGAGCGCCGAGGCCCGGCCGGAGCAGCAGGAGAGGAGCCAGGAGAGGAGCCAGGAGAGCAGCCAGGAGAGGAGCCAGGAGAGGAGCCAGGAGAGCAGCCAGGAGAGCUGGGUGCAGCGCAUGCUCAUGGCCCUGGUGGGGGACAGUGCCCUCUUCAACACCCGGGAGGGCCGUGCUGGCAAGGUGCACAACUUCAUGCUGGGGCUGAACCUCAACAGCUGCUACCCCCUGUCCCCCCUGGCAGAGCUGCUCACCCAGGAGUCCGUGGAGGAGGACGAGCUCGACGCGGCCGUUGCAGAUCCUGAUGAGUUUGAGAGGAUCUAUGAGCCACUGGAUGUGAAGAGCAAGAAGAUUCACAUUGUGGACAGUGGGCUGACGUUUAACCUGCCAUACCCCCUCAUCCUGAGGCCUCAGAGAGGCGUCGAUCUCAUCAUCUCUUUUGAUUUCUCAGCGAGGCCAAGUGAUUCCAGCCCUCCUUUCAAGGAAAUUCUGCUGGCUGAGAAAUGGGCUCGAAUGAACAAGCUGCCUUUCCCCAAAAUAGACCCCAAUGUGUUUGACAGAGAGGGCCUGAAGGAGUGCUACGUGUUCAAACCAAAGGACACCUCUUCAGAGAAGGACUGUCCCACCAUAAUCCAUUUUGUCUUGGCCAACAUCGACUUCAGGAAGUACAAAGCUCCAGGUGUUCCCAGGGAAACACAGGAAGAGAAGGAUUUUGCAGACUUUGACAUUUUUGAUGAUCCAAAUACACCUUUCUCUACCUUCAACUUCCAAUAUCCCAACGAGGCUUUCAAGAGGCUCCAUGACCUGAUGGAGUUCAACACCCUCAAUAACAUAGAUGUGAUCCGGGAGGCCGUGCUGGAGAGCAUCGAGUACCGCAAGGAGAACCCGUCGCGCUGCUCGGUGUCCCUGAGCAGUGUGGAGGCCAGGAGGUUCUUCAACAAGAGCCACCUCAACAACAACCACACGUAGAGGCCGUGCCCGGGCCCUGCUCCUGCCCCUACAGCUGGAGCCACAGCCCCUCCAGCAGCUCCUCCUCCACACGUUUCCUUGGGGCUUCUCGAGUUCCAGUAUCGUUUUGUACUGCUGUUUUUAUAAACUAAACACAUUUCAGUAUGCUGAGAUCCUGAUUUUAACAGAUGUGCAGUUAGGGGAGUUUUUUUUGAGAUCAUCGGGUUCAGGGUCUUUUUUUUUUCCCUCCCUUAUAAAAUUGUAAACAUUGGUUUCUUUUGGGGGGGGGUAAUUGAUUUUUAAUUGAUGUAAACUGGGUGUAGCUUGAAAGAUAAGAUGGGAUUAGAAAGAAAUAAGAUUGAAAUCCACCUUUCUGCUGUUUCACAACAUCUGUACCACUUAGCAAAACCCCAAACCUCUUACAUUUUCUUUUUUGAUCCUCCAAGUUACAUUGCUUGAAUCCUUGAGCUACUGGCACCUGUGUGUUAAAUUAUUGUUAGUUUGUGUAUUCCUGACCAAAAUGUUUAUACAUGACUUGACAGUGAUUUUUGCAUUUGACCAUGAUUGAACCAUCACAUUUCUGCAGAGGGACAGUGGGAAUGUUUACUGGGGAUGGAUAUUGUGCCCAGGUAAGAAUGUGAAGUAGUUCAUGUCUUAAGGGUUAUUUGAAAUAAUAUUUUUGAGUCCUGUAAAUAAUAAAAGAUGGUGCAGAGCCACAGAUUGUUUCAGUCCCAUCUCAACAAGUGUUGAGGUAACUCUGCAAACGCACAGAAAAUGCAGUGGCAUCUCCAAAGACUUUAAUUGCUAAAAUCUGUAAGUCCACGGGAAGGGAAGUAAUUAAAAUGCAUUUAUUUUAACAGCCACUGCAUCCCAGAAUCCUGGAAUGCUUUGGAUGACCUUAAAGCUCACAUUGUUCCACCCCUUGCCAUGGGCAGGGACACCUCCACUAUCCCAGGUUGCUCUAAGUCUACAUGCAGUGUUCUGUGAUUAAAUAACAUUUUCUGCAUUGAUCAGUAGGUUUUAUUUCUGUUUGAAUUAGUGCAUGUUUAAAAUCAAGCAAGAAAAUGAAAGUAACUUGUCUUAGUGCUGCAUAAUUUAAACAUUUUCCAUGAAUUUUGGAAUACAGGAAGGAACUGGUACCAUUAUAUUAUUGUAAUAUUUUCUUUUUAAUGUUAUAUUUCCCUUUGGGAAUGUAAUAUUUGUAUUUUUUAUUUUAUAAUAUGUACCUACUCUAUUUUAUGGAAGAGUUUUAUCAUGCUUUAUACAGUUUGUAUUAUCACAGAGUUAUCAGACGAUAACAAAUAAAACUAUAUUUGCCA